AUGCGUUUCACUGCAGAUGAUUCACUUGUAGCAAGUGACAAGAAAGAGACCAUUAAACUCUAUGUCACUACCAGCUCAUUUGUGCUUGUGAAAGACGAUAACAUUCUAGAGAUACAUUUUGACGGGCAUAAAAUGACUCGGAGAGCGACCUAUGAACCAAAGGAUGUUGUUCAACAGUAUGACAUCUAUGGUAUUAUUGGUUUUAUCGAAGGAUUUAAGGAGAAAUAUAUGGUUGUGAUCUCCUCCGUCCAACUUCGAGGCCAUUUGAUGGGAAAUCCUGUGUAUGUGAUAGACGGUGUGAGUUGCCUGAGUUUUGAUUCAUACAAAGCGUGCCAAAAACUGGACACAAAGGAAGAGGAACAGGAAGCAGUAGCAGCACAAGAUGAGGAUCACGAAACAGCAGCAGCAGCAGUAGCAGCAACAACAACGAGACGAAAACCACCUGUGCAGCUUACUCAAUCUAAUUCGUUCUUGACUCGCAUCAAAAAGACGUUUGCAAAGAAAAGGAGCAACCCUGAUCUAGCAUCUAUGGAUGAGGAUACCUUGAUCGAUCAGCCACAAGUAUUAGAUGCCAUCAAAAAGGAGCAAGAUUUAUUGGUGCCUUCCAAUGCCUCUUCCAUUUCCCAAAACUCAUCAGCUUCGACUAUAUCCACAUCCUCAUACGAUGACAAUGAUGAGGAGGACGCUUUAGAGGAGAGAUUAAUAAGACAAGUGACUGAAAUGUUUAGCAGAUCCAUGUUUUUAUACUCCAAUACGUGCGACAUCACCAACAGCUUUCAAAGAUCCUUGGUCAAGGGCGAAGAGGAUUCAAAAUACAAUGACUCUCAGAUCCCAUUAUGGAAAAAGGUGGAUAAGCGGUUUUGGUGGAAUGAACAUUUAACUCGUGAUUUUGUCACUCAAAAGCUUGAUGAGUGGGUGGUACCCGUGAUGCAAGGCACAUUACAAAUUGAACCGUGCCAGAUUGAUGGAUAUGGCUUUGAUUUUGUUUUGAUUUCAAGAAGAAGCCGAGAGAGAGCUGGCAUGCGAUAUCAAAGAAGAGGUAUCAAUGAGGAUGGACAAGUGGCCAAUUUUGUGGAAACAGAACAGGCUGUAAUUUUCAAGAAAGGGGAAGUGAACCAUGUCGCCUCUUUUAUUCAGACUCGGGGAUCAAUACCUGUAUUUUGGAGCCAAUCGCCUUACAGUUUGCAUCCAGUGCCAACACUGGACAGGUCAGAACAUGAGAACAAGACAGCGUUUCAAAAGCAUUUCGAGACACAAGAAAAGCUGUACGGCAAACAAAUCAUUGUUAAUUUGACAGAAUUGGUAGGUAGAGAAGCCAUUGUGGGUCAGCAAUACAGACAUCAUGUGGAAGAAUUAGCAGAUCCAAACAUAAAAUAUGUUGAAUUUGAUUUUCACAAAGAAACCAAAGGGAUGAAGUUUGAAAAUAUCAGCAAACUGAGUAAAAGCCUAUAUGAUGAUCUGUCUAAAAUACAGUAUUUCUGGGAAACUGCAGUUGUGGGUGAUGAGACGAUUGUUUACUGUAGACAAGCUGGUGUGUUUAGAACAAAUUGCAUGGAUUGCUUGGAUCGUACAAACGUCGUUCAGAGUGCUUUUGGUCGCAGUGUGCUCAACCUGCAAUUGAUGCGAUUUGGCAUCUCCGAAUAUCCUGAGCAAGGCAUCAAAUACUACGAUGGUUUUGAGAGAAUCUUCAAUAACGUGUGGGCAAACAAUGGUGAUAUGAUAUCCAGAAUGUACGCCGGUACAAGCGCUCUUAAGGGUGAUUUUACAAGAACGGGCAAACGAAAUAUCACUGGCAUGAUGAAUGAUGCUUCCAAUUCGCUAGCUAGAAUGUACUUUAACACCAUCAAGGACUUUUGGAGACAGGCAACGGUGGACUAUGUUUUAGGCUAUCAUAAAUCUGAAAUCUUUAGACAUGUGCCUCAAGCCACCAAGAUGUCUGCAGAGCCUGGUAUUGAGAGACGAUGGGCAAAGAUCAGAGCAGACGCAAUUGCUAUCAGUAGUGAGAUUGUUGUAUCGGAUGAUGAGACCUUGAUUCAAGGAUGGACAUUAUUGUCACCCACACACGAGGAGCCAGGCAAACAACGAUCACCUCGUAAAGAGUUUCAGGAAAAGAUACUGCUGCUUACCGAGAAGGCAUUGUACAUUUGCAGCUACAAUUACGCUUUAGAAAAGGUCAUUCAAUUCAAAAGACUCGGUCUCGAUACCAUCAUCUCCAUUCAAAUGGGCGAAUACAUUCUCUCCUCUUUGACGCCCGCCUCUCGUUCAGAAGAUCAAAACUAUGGCCUCAUUAUCAACCAUUCCAAGGACGGUGAACUUGUCCGCUGGAACACGGGCAGUAUCCACAAUCAAAGUCUGGGUGAUAUCAACAUUGAUCAUCACCACUUACAAGACAACAGCGAUAUCACCAUCCCAGCAGUGAAAGCAGCCCUAGAGGGUGUUGAUUCCAUCAGUUUCAAAGCAGUACGAUAUAAUAUCUUGGGUGAACUGGAUGGAGAAGUGGAGACGUGCAAAAAGCAGAUUCAAGAUAUUGUGCGAGUCAUUGCCAAAGCCUGUGGACAUGAGGAACACGACACGCAAUUUGUAUCUCAAAAGCCAAUCAUUAGUUUAGAGCAAGCUGAAAAGACGGAUGGCAUUUUUAAAAAGAUGGGUUACAAGAUCAAACGAGCCAUUUGGAUUUAA